GUUUGUUAUUAAAUAAUUAUGUGACGAAAAGUGUGUCAAUUAAUUCGCGCUUCAUUAAUGCAGCAUAAUCUUUCAUGGGAAUUCGAAAAAAUUAUUAGAAAAUCUUCAAAAUGCUAUAAUUCGGAAAUCUAAUUAAUAGUGAUAUGAAUGUAGAUAGUACAGAUACUCGUUGGUUGUAUGAACUGCUUCGAGAAGUUCAGUUGGAGCAGUUCUACACUAAAAUCCGAGAUGAGUUGCAAGUCACCCUAUUAUCUCACUUUGAUUAUGUUCUCUCAUAUGAUCUGGAAAAUAUUGGUAUGGGAAAGCCUGCUGCUCGACGUCUUCUUGAUGCUGUCAAGAAGAGAAGAGCUGCAAUGUGGAAGAAGACUCUACUCAAUAAAAUUUUACCAUCUGGAAAGCAAGAGAAAGGUUCAAAAGGAGGAAGUACUGCAAGUGCCUCACCAGUUGUACCAUCUAAUGGUACACUCACUUGUUUAAUCAACGAUAAAGAUUUGAAACUUCUCAAUAAACUGGGAGAUGGAUCAUUUGGAGUAGUCAUGAAAGGAGAAUGGACAACAGUAUCUGGAACAACUAUACCUGUUGCAGUUAAGAUCCUUAAGGAAGAUGCUGUGUCUCUUCCAGGUGCUUUCAAAGAUUUUAUUGAAGAAGUUAAUGCUAUGCAUUGUCUGAAUCAUCCGAAUCUUAUCCGUCUAUAUGGAGUGGCCCUAUUAUCACCACUCAUGAUGGUUACAGAGCUUGCCCCUUUAGGUUCUUUACGUGAUAGUCUUCGCAAAGAGUGUCACCAUACACCAGUCUCUCUUCUCAUAGAAUAUGCUGUCCAGAUCGCAGCAGGCAUGGCUUAUCUGGAAUCAAAACAAUACAUUCAUCGAGACUUGGCUGCAAGAAAUGUACUUUUAGCUACUAAACAGAAGGUGAAAAUUGGGGAUUUUGGAUUAAUGCGGGCUUUGCCAAACCAAGAAGAUUGUUAUGUUAUGACUGAACAUAAAAAAGUUCCUUUUCCAUGGUGUGCUCCUGAAAGUUUGAAAUCUCGGCAAUUUUCUCAUGCUAGUGAUACAUGGAUGUUUGGUGUAACUCUUUGGGAAAUGUUCACUUUUGGUGAAGAACCUUGGGCAGCUUUAACUGGAGCACAGAUACUUCAGAAAAUUGAUCAAGAAGGUGAGAGGCUACGUAGACCUGAAGCUUGCCCUACAGAUAUCUAUCAACUUAUGUUACAAUGUUGGGCUCACAAACCAAGUGAUAGACCAACCUUUUUAGCUCUUCAGGAUUUUCUUUGUGAAGCUCGCCCUUUAAGGUUAACAAGUGUUCAAGCUUUUGAUGAACCAGACAAACUCAAGAUUGAAGUUGGGGAUGUAAUAGAAGUAAUUGAAGGAAGACAGGAAUUUUAUUGGUGGAAAGGUCAAAAUCAGAGGACUUUUGAAAUUGGAAUAUUUCCUCGACUUAUAGCUGACCGACAGAAACAGCUUACAACGGAUGAUAUAAGUAAGCCACUGCGUAACAGUUUCAUUCAUACAGGCCAUGGUGAUAUAUCUGGAAGAUCAUGGGGCAGUCCUGGACACAUUGAUGAGGUUUAUCUUCAGAAUCCAAUGGAGCCACUUGAUUUAUUAGGUUUAAAAGAAGAUCCUCCUCCUGCUCCCAAACUGAGAGACAGAAAUACAAAAAGUGAAGAUUCAAAUCCAAAAAAGAGUCUCACCAAACAAUAUGCUUAUAACAAAUUGGAAAAUGAGCAGAAUGGAGAAAGCAAAGUGUUUUCACAACGUUUGAAAUCUAAAUCUAAAAAAGAAGUUAAGGAAGGAAUUCUAAUUGAUUUCACCAAUGAAAUUGCUGUUUCCUCUCCCCCUCCUAUUUCCCCUUCUCUUUUUCCUACUCAGAGAUCAUCAUUGCCAUUACAUGUAUCCUCGUCUUUGGUUGAUUUGUCUUCAACAAGUUCAUUCCCCACUCUCUGUUGUGGUGACAGAAAGAGUUCCCCAGAUUAUGAUACCUCUUCAACAUAUUCUUCUUCAAGAAGUAAUGGUGCAACAGAUCGUUACUACAAUGUUCCACCUACAGAAAUGUCUCAACCUAGUGAUCGAUACUACUCUGUUGUGCCUAGCUCGGACUAUCAACCACAAGAGAGCUUGAGAACUUCUAAUUAUUAUUCUCCUGUUGCCGAAACAUCUAGCAAUUAUACUCUUGCCCCACCACCUAGUAAUCAUCUUACCCGUAUGGGUAGCUGCCCAGCCUUACAUGUGGAUCCUACUACCUCAUACAGGAAUGCUGCUCAAUCCAAUACUAUUGGUAAUCGUUCACCAAUCAGUACUUCUGCUUUUGAUGAUUUAUUUGAAAGUUUUGGUAACAUGUCUUUCCAAACACAGACUCAAAACAAAUUUCCGACCAAUCGAUGCCAAACUGCUACAACUUGUGAUAGAAACCAAAUGCUUGAAGAGCUGAAGAAAACACUAGGCAUGAAGGAGAUGAACUCAAACUUUUCCAAAGAUGUAGAAUCAAAGCCAAUUGUCAAAAUACCUUUACUUCAACCUCCACAAUCUCGUACAAAGAGAAAUAAUAGAUGGACAGAACCAAAUGGAUCAAAUUUUCCUCGAGAUGUUCCACAACCAGCUUCAAAUCUUCCACUUCCACCUCCUGUACCAACUCUUCCUCCAAACAUGGCUGAAGUGAAACCAUUUGUCAUAAAUAAUCCUGUUUCUUCUAAAAGCAAUUUAUCACCAAAUAAUGUACCUUUCACUUUAUUUCCAAAUACAGUGACUGCUCCUGCUUCAAAUCCAGCCAUUCUUAAACAGAAAUUAAUGUUAAUCCAGGCACAGGUGUCUGGAGUGACAAUUGAUGAAUGCCAUGCAGCAUAUCAAGAACAUGGUGGUAAUGUAGAGGCAGCUAUUAAGAGUUUGCAAUUGUCACAGCUCUGCCGUUUGGGUAUUGCAUCGAAAUCACAAUGUGAAAAUGUUCUGAAAUCUGUUAAUUGGAAUGUAGAACUUGCAGCAUCUUCCCUGGUGGAUAGCAUGCAUAAUGCUCAAUAAUUAUUGGUAUUUAAGUUAUAGCAACAGGGAAAGUGUGUAUCAAAUUUGAUGUGUGCAUCUAAGGUUGCGAGUGCAUUCGAACUGUGCAAAAAAUACAAAGGUUGUUUUGAUUUUAUUUAUUGCCUAUUAUCAAAAGAGGAAUUAAAAAAUUAUGGACAUUAUAUGUCUUAAAAUGUGUAAAUAAUAAAACUAAAAUAUGCUAAUAAUAAAAUUUUCUGUAAAAUAGAAAUGUAAUGUCAAUAAAAAAAGUAACCUUUCAUACAAUCAGCUUGUGAUAAAACUAAAAAAUGUACCGAGUUUGUUAACAUUGACAUUAUUUUAAUUUAAAAUUGAAAAAAAGUAAUGAAAUCUGGUAUAAUAUUAAGCAUAAAAAUGACUAAUUUUUUUUGUAUUUUUAUUCACUUGCAUUGAAAUUUUUUGUCCCAUCAUACAUAUUUUUGUCUUUUUAAGUUAUUUCAAAAAAAUUUCUUAAAAAAUCUCUCAUCACUGGCAAGUUGUCUAAAAAAAUUCUUAUGUGUUUAUAUUUUAUGACAAAGAUCCUUGCUGCAAAUUUGUGUGCAACUUUUAUCUUAUAUUUAUUGUAAUAGUUUUUCAUUUACCCAUAUAUAUAUUUUUUUCAUAUUGCAGUUUGUUUUUGUCAUGUAAUAACAUUCUUUAUAAUCAAACCAUAAAUCAUGAUUAAUUUCAUAAUAUUUAUUACUUGGUUUUAUGGUAUUUGUUAUUGUGCUUUUCAUCAUAUUUUCUAAAUAAUUUCACUAACAAAUUAAUUAUUACUAUAGCAAUGUUUUAAAUUGAUAAAUUGCAUUAAUAUAUGUAUUGGUUUAUUAUUUCUUAACAUGCUGUGAUAUGCAAUCAAUGUGAUUCAAGAGCUAAAGUAGAGUCUCAAAUAAAUAUCCACUAGAAAAUAUGGUAGAUCUCUUAUAAAUAUAUUUUUACUUAUUAAUCAAAUAGAUCUCAAUCACAUAAAAUAAUCUAAAAUAAAACUAUGUGAUAUUUUAGAAAAUUCAGCAAUUUUAUAUGAUAAUUACAAAUAUACUGUGUAAGUACGUAAUGUUUAUGUAAGUAUUAUUUUUUUUCUCUUAUAAGAAUUAGAAUAUCUACUUAUAAAAAAAUGUAAGUUACAAAAAGAAAAGCAUUCUAAUCAUAUCUUUGAAGCAAUUCAAGUAUGUCUUAGCCACAUAGAUAACUUGACUUGAACAUUUUUAUUAUAGUCAUUCUUGGUAUUACUGCAAGAUAGUGCUUAUAAAUUGUUUUAAUGGCUUUAAAGAAUGAUUGUUUGCUGCCUUAUAUUCUGAAUUUCAAAAGCUAGUUUGUCUCUUAAAAUCUUUAAUAUUCAUAGUAAUUUUUAAAAUUAAGGUAAGCAUAUUUAUCUUCUGAUGCAUUUCACUAUUUAAAACUUUAGAGUUGUAAAUGCAACCAGUUUUUGUUUUUAAAAUACAAUUUGGGUUAUUAAAAAAUUUUGGAGUAUAUAAAGUUUUAAAAUUUUUUUUAACCUUUAAAGCAUAUAUACUUUUACAAAAUUAAUACGUAUUUUAUUUGCUUGUAUAAUUAAAAUAACAGAUGAAAGAAGUAUCAUAAUUUGAUUUACUUUUUGUAUUAUUUAAAAUGUAGAAUUAAUUUUAAUCAUAGGCAUUCAAAUUUGCAUAUCAAAUUAUAAACUUGGAAAGAUAUAAUAAUUUAAUUCCAUUACUCACACAUGUGCACAUUAUAAUAAUUAUAAUUCAUCCACACAAGCACAAAGUAGUUUGCAAUUUAGUAAUAAUUUUUGUUAUUAUUUAUCAAUAUAUUGCACUCUACGACAAUUUUCUUCAUACUUUCUAUAAAUACAAUCAAUAUUUACUAAUAUUUUAUGAUGUAAACUAUAUUUUAUAACAUUCAACUUCUAUGUCAAAAAUUUUCAACCAAAGAACAUUUGUCAAAUGUAUAUUCAAAUUGUGGAUCUUCAGUUUUGUUUUAAUUGUCAAAUCAUUAUGAAAAGAAAAGGGGGGGAAAGGUAUACUUUUUGGAUUGAAUCUUCAUUCUUGAAGUUGAUUCCCAAUUUUGUUUUCUUUUGCAAACCAGUGUGGGGGGGGGAGGAAUAUUCCUUGAUUUGAAUCUUUUUUUAUUCUUCCGCUCUACUCUAUUAAAAAUACUGCUGAUAAUUUUCAUAUUUUAUUUUGUAGUCAAUUUGAAUUUUGAAAGAAAUAUAAAUUCCUUCUAACUAAAGUUAUUAAAUAUCUAUUUCAUUUUAUUUUUUUUUUUACUAUUUAUUUUUUCUGUAUAUGUGUUGUUUGCAAUACUUAAUUCUAUCUUGUCUUUCUAAAAAUUGUAAAUGUCUUUAUUCUCUAGUCUUUUUAUUGUUUCAUUGAGUGUUUGUUUUUAUUUCUUUUGUUCAAAAUAUUCUAAUCAUAUAUUUUAUGAAAAUAACUUAAUAUUCCAACAUAAUUUUGCUGUAACAAACAUAUUGGUAUCAAUUAAAUUUGAGAGCAUUGCAGAUAAACCAUUUUAGAAAUUCAUAUGAUUAUUAAAAAUCCAUGCAUGUCUUUCAGUGUUUGUUACAUACCUUGUAAAAAGAAUAAAUUUUAAUUAUUCUUUCUAUAGAAAAAGUAAUUAAACCUUAAUAAAAAAAUGUUACAACAUACGUCUACUUUAUAUUCAUUUGCUAAAUAUGUUUUACAAAUUAUAAGAAUCUCUGAGUGUAUUUAUGCUUACUUCACAACUCAUACUAAUUUUUACUUUCAAUUUAUAGAGUUUGUCCUAUAACAUUCAAACAGAUUUUUCAAAAAACUAAGGAAGUGGGGGGGGGGGAUUAUCUUUAAAAUAUACAAUCAGUAGGGACUCUCUUUUUUUCUUUGCAAGAAAUUUAUUAUAAAACUAUUUGGCAGCCAUGCCACAAUUUUGUUAAUUUAAUCAAAAAUAUUUUUAAACUGUUAAUUUUAUUAUAAAAUUUCGCAGAAACAUUAAUGCAUAGGCAUUACUUUUAUGUCUACUACAUUAUGAAUAAUAAAAAUACUGAAUUAUGGCCUGUGUGUUCAAUAUAUUUUUAAAAACAUACAUGUAAAAAUGUAUGCAAUUUUGAACUGAAACACAAAAGUACAUUGUGUAAUAAGUAGCAUUUAAACUUUCAGAAGCAAGCAGUGCUAAUGAAAUGUUUAGUUGGCUAAUGUUCAUUAAUUUUUUUAUAUAAAUUUAUCAUGUAAUUUAUUUAUCUUGUUAUUUAAAUAAUAUAAAACAAAAUGACAUUGAAUUAAUGAAUAAUUAUUUAAAAGCUUUUAGAGUCAGUGAGCUUACAAGACUGAAAGUACUGUUCUGUAUAAUAGCAACAAGGUAUUUUUAUUUUUACAUGUACAUUUUAAUUACAGGUUUUUCCAUUUUGUUUUUCUGUAAAUUUCUUUAAAAAAUCUCUUGAUUUAUUACAUCCCUUAUUUACUGUGUUAUUUUGUUCAUAUUUAAUCCCUUUAUUCACUAAACAGACUAUAAUUGCAUUAUGAUCUUUUUUUUUUUUUUUUUUUUU